UCGCCCCGGGGCAGCGUGCGGCCCCGACCCCGCGGGCGCCGCGCCUCCCCGGCUGCAGCGGAGCGGGCGGACGGGUCGGAGGGCGAGUGGCCCAGCCGGCGGGGUCUGCAGCGCGCCGGGCGUCCCAUGGAUAUAGCAACAGGUCCCGAGUCGCUGGAGAGGUGCUUCCCUCGAGGGCAGACGGACUGCGCCAAGAUGUUAGACGGCAUCAAGAUGGAGGAGCACGCCCUACGCCCCGGACCCGCCACCCUGGGGGUGCUGCUGGGCUCCGACUGCCCGCAUCCCGCCGUCUGCGAGGGCUGCCAGCGGCCCAUCUCCGACCGCUUCCUGAUGCGAGUCAACGAGUCGUCCUGGCACGAGGAGUGUUUGCAGUGCGCAGCAUGUCAGCAAGCCCUCACCACCAGCUGCUACUUCCGGGAUCGGAAACUGUACUGCAAGCAAGACUACCAACAGCUCUUCGCGGCAAAGUGCAGCGGUUGCAUGGAGAAGAUCGCUCCUACUGAGUUCGUCAUGCGGGCGCUGGAGUGUGUGUACCACCUGGGCUGUUUCUGCUGCUGUGUGUGCGAGAGGCAGCUGCGCAAGGGGGACGAGUUCGUGCUCAAGGAGGGCCAGCUGCUGUGCAAGGGCGACUACGAGAAGGAGAAAGACCUGCUCAGCUCCGUGAGCCCGGACGAGUCUGACUCUGUGAAGAGUGAGGACGAAGACGGAGACAUGAAGCCGGCCAAGGGGCAGGGCAGCCAGAGUAAGGGCAGUGGAGAUGAUGGGAAGGACCCGAGAAGGCCCAAAAGGCCCCGGACCAUCCUCACCACGCAGCAGCGACGAGCUUUCAAGGCGUCUUUUGAGGUCUCCUCCAAGCCCUGUCGGAAGGUCCGAGAGACACUGGCAGCAGAGACAGGCCUCAGCGUGCGUGUGGUCCAGGUCUGGUUUCAGAACCAAAGAGCAAAGAUGAAGAAGCUGGCCCGGAGGCACCAGCAACAGCAGGAGCAGCAGAACUCUCAGCGGCUGGGCCAAGAGGUUCUGUCAAGCCGCAUGGAGGGCAUGAUGGCCUCCUACACGCCGCUGGCCCCUCCGCAGCAGCAGAUCGUGGCCAUGGAGCAAAGCCCCUACGGAAGCAGUGACCCCUUCCAGCAGGGCCUCACGCCGCCCCAAAUGCCAGGUGACCACAUGAACCCCUAUGGGAACGACUCCAUCUUCCACGAUAUCGAUAGUGAUACCUCCCUCACCAGCCUCAGCGACUGCUUCCUCGGCUCUUCCGACGUGGGCUCCCUGCAGGCCCGCGUGGGGAACCCCAUCGACCGGCUCUACUCCAUGCAGAGCUCCUACUUUGCCUCCUGAGAGCCAGCCGGGCCGCAUGGACACUUGGGCCUGGGCCUAAGGUGGGGCCACAGGCCUCUGCAGCCAGCCGGCCCCCCAGCCCGCUACCCGCUCAGACUCUACCGACAGCCAUACGGUGCCCUCCCCUCGGCCAGCCAGACCUGGCUCAAGUGCCCAUUGGGUACAGCCAGACAAGGCAGAUGGGUGCAGCCUGGGCAGGGACUGUGUCCUGCCCACAGAGACCUUGUGACCCCUGGGGACCCAGAGCUCUUGGACAGCCACUCACCUCCCAGCCCUUUGACUUCAUCACUACCUUCCCCAUCCCUGCCUCUUUUUUGGGGGAAGCUU